GAAGUCUUGAGUCUUUAACAUUUUCUGUGUCUUUAACCGUCUGUCAUCAUUCAGUCAGUAUGGAGCUCAGUCAACUUCCUCUCAUGCUCUUGUUGAUUUCACACAUUCACUCUGGACAAACUGAAGAAACACUAAAAGCCAAAGUGAGCAUUAAACCUGAUCAUCAUGUAUUCAGAGGAGAGAGAGUCACUCUCAGAUGUGACAUUGAUGGUGAAGGAGUCACUAGCUGGCAGUACAGCUGGUAUAAAGAUGAUUCAAACAGUGUUUUCAGUGAACUACAGGAACACACGUUCAGUCCUGUUACUGAGUCUGUCACAGGUAAAUACUCCUGUUAUGGAGCAGAGAGAGGAGGAUCACGAAAAUCAAACAUCAGUGAUGAAGUUACACUGACAGUAUCAGAGGAGAGAUAGUCACUCUCAGAUGUGACAUUGAGGGUGGAGGAGUCACUAGCUGGCAGUACAGCUGGUAUAAAGAUGAUUCAUUCUACAGCUCCAAUGAACUACAGGAACACACAUUCAGUCCUGUUACUGAGUCUGAUGCAGGUAAAUACUACUGUUAUGGAGCAGAGAGAGGAGGAUCACGAACAUCAAACAUCAGUGAUGAAGUUACACUGACAGUAUCAG